UGCCUGGGAGAGCGGCGGUGGGACAUGCUCGCGCGACUCCCUGGACUGGAGCGCUGCCCCGCGAGCCUCGCCGCCCGCCCGCUUCGGCCUCAGCCCCUUUGGCCUCACAGUGAUGCCCCGAGGCCACGGAAUGCGAGUCCCGCUCCUGCUCCUGCAUGGCGCCCUGCUCGGAUUUGUGACAGGGAAAGGAGUCAAAUCAGCCCUGCAGAGCCUCCCCCAGCCGAUGUCUCCCUCUGACUUCCUGGACAAGCUGAUGGGCCGGACAUCAGGGUACGAUGCUCGCAUUAGGCCCAAUUUCAAAGGUCCACCUGUCAACGUGACAUGCAACAUCUUCAUAAACAGCUUUGGUUCAGUCACAGAAACUGCCAUGGAUUACCGUGUCAAUGUCUUUCUACGGCAGCACUGGAAUGACCCCCGCCUAACCUAUUGGGAAUACCCUGAUGACUCUCUGGACUUGGACCCCUCCAUGCUAGACUCUAUCUGGAAGCCAGAUUUGUUCUUUGCCAAUGAGAAGGGAGCCAAUUUCCAUGAGGUCACUACAGACAACAAGCUUCUGCGCAUUUUCAAAAAUGGAGGCGUGCUGUACAGCAUCAGGCUGACUCUUAUCCUGUCUUGUCCUAUGGAUCUCAAGAACUUCCCUAUGGACAUCCAGACAUGUACCAUGCAGCUGGAGAGCUUUGGCUACACCAUGAACGACCUGAUCUUCGAGUGGGAGAAGGAGCGGGAGGCCGUGCAGGUGGCCGAUGGCUUGACACUCCCUCAGUUCAUUCUGCAGGAUGAGAAGGACCUGGGCUAUUGCACCAAGUCUUACAACACAGGGCAGUUCACCUGCAUUGAGGUGAAGUUCCAUCUAGAGCGGCAGAUGGGCUACUAUCUGAUCCAGAUGUACAUCCCGAGUUUGCUGAUCGUCAUCCUUUCUUGGGUUUCCUUUUGGAUUAACAUGGAUGCUGCACCAGCCCGGGUGGGGCUUGGCAUCACCACUGUGCUGACAAUGACCACCCAGAGUGCAGGCUCCCGGGCAUCCUUGCCAAAGGUCUCCUACGUCAAGGCCAUUGACAUCUGGAUGGCCGUCUGCCUCCUGUUCGUCUUUGCUGCCCUGCUGGAGUAUGCUGCAGUCAACUUUGUCUCGCGCCAGCACAAGGAACUCCUGCGUCGGCAGCGGAGCCAACGGCGGCAGCGGAUGGAAGAGGAGGUGGUCCGCGAGAGCCGAUUCUACUUCAAGGGCUAUGGCCUGGGCCAUUGUCUGCAGCGCGUGAAAAGCGGGGGAGCUGUGGAAAGCCCCAUCUACGGUCCUCCUGCUCUGGCCUCGCUCCUGCGAGAAGGAGAAGUGCUCCGGAGGCACCAUCUGGAUAGGGCCAAGCGGAUUGACACUGUCUCCCGGGCAGUCUUCCCCUUCACCUUCCUGGUGUUCAACAUUUUCUACUGGGUGGUCUACAAAGUGCUUCGCUCCAAGGAUGUCCACCAAGCAGCCCCCUGAGCUCUGUGCAGGACAUAGCACCAGGCCAGCAGGACUCAAGAGCAAAGA